CCUUAUGUUAAAAGUGAAACGAUGGGCCGAUUUGCCGGACACUGAGUUUCACUUUGAGUGCAAGAAUCGGGCGAUCGGUUACUACGCGGACGUCGAGUUUGAUUGUCAAGUGUUUCACAUUUGCGACGCUUUCGGACGCCGGGUGUCAAUGAUAUGUCCAAAUGAGACGGCUUUCAACCAGGAGUACAGAGUAUGCGAUUGGGAAUACAAUGUUAACUGUAAGGACUCCGACAGCUUCUACUAUCUCAACGAUCUUACGUAUGAAAAGCCGCCCAAAGAGGACGAGGAGGCGCCCAAUGACUUG